AUGGAGCCGAGUUUGCGCCUGAGGCGACUCAUGAACAUACUCAUCGUCUGUUUAGGGCUAUUUACACUCACUUUAGCACACCCUUCACACCAUGUUCAUCACUAUGACCACCAUAGGUCCAACGCUCCUCACCACCUUAAAGCUCGUGAUGACAAGCCAUUUCCUUUACGAAUCAUGCCUCUCGGGGCUUCGAUCACCACCGGGUACAAGUCAUCUGAUAAAAAUGGAUACCGCAAAGUGCUCCGCCAACAACUUCGUUAUGCUGGAUGGGAGGUCAACAUGGUUGGCUCGCUCAAGGCCGGAGAUAUGAAGGAUAAUGACAACGAAGGGCACAUUGGAUACCGAAUUGCCGAGGUCGCCAAGGAGGCCGAAAAGACUAUCCCCAAAGCCCCGAAUCUUAUUCUGAUCAAUGCUGGCACAAACGAUGCUGUCCAGGAUUAUUUCCCUGAUACAGCUGGGGAGAGAUUGAAUGAGCUCCUUACUCGUUUAUAUGAUGCUAUCCCUGGAACAACAAUCAUCCUCUCGACUCUACUGGUCAACGACGAGCUUAACGGUAUAGUUAAUGUACCCUUGAUUAACGAGCAGUACCGCCAAAUCGCAGCUGCUCGCAUGAAGGAGGGUGCACGUAUCGUUCUAGCGGAGAUGAAUGACUUCAUUAAGGUUACGGAGCUUGUCGAUAAAACCCACCCAACCGAUGAAGGAUAUGUGAAGAUGGCCUCGGUGUGGUGGGCUGCGAUUCAAGAAGCCGAGAAGAAAGGAUAUCUGCAAAGCCCAAAAGACAUUGGCGAAAGCGACUGGGUCGACACCACCUGUGAGAAACAGUUCGGCAGUGGAAAUGACAGCAGAGGAAAGGUACAGACUCAGCGUGGUAGUGGCUGGGAUGAUGGUGACUACAAACACAACGCGGAGAGCAUGGGCCGUAUUCACCAAAUUGGCAUCACUAGCUCUGAGGAUGAUACCCACCCAGGUAUUAACUACGCACAACUAGUUAAUCAGGGAGGUGCCCACCGUGAAGGAGCCUUGGACGAGCUUGUCUGGACUAGAGAUGGCAAAGGAACGUUCAUGUUUGCCAACAAUGGCAAUGGAAAAUUUGGAAAUCCAGUGGAGAUUGAUGUGAAGGAUAAUUGUCUUGCGCGAGGUGUACGCUGGGGUGACCUCAAUAAUGAUGGAUUGGACGAUUUCAUUUGUAUCAGCCAAGAGGGCGCUAUGUACGCAUCGAUCAACCAAGGUGGAAGCCCUCCGAUUUUCAAGUCUAUCGGUCUCCUCAAAGCUGCUCCUGGGGGGGAUUUAGUGCAGGCCAAUGUACGACUCGGGGAUAUUGAUGGUGAUGGUCGCCUCGAUUAUUGCCUUGCCAAAAAUGAUGGUGACAUACAAUGCUGGAGAAACGGAGGUCAGAAAGAGGCACCAACAGCGGAAUUCGGUGGUUACUGGCAGGAUCUUGGAACUGUCUUCACUGGUAAAGGUAUGGGCGAUCUACGAGGUGUCCACCUUGUCGAUAUCAAUGGGGACUUCCGUUCCGACUGGCUCUGGCUAGAUGAGGAAGGCAAAGUGACCACAUACAUCAAUCAGCGUGGUUCGGGCAAAGGAAGUCUUGUUCCUGAGUGGCGACGAAUUGGUGUCACACAUGCCGGUAUGGGGGUGGAGGGGGCUAGGGAUCGCAUCAAGUUCGGCCAGGUAUACCCAGGCAGAGGUGUCGAUUAUGUCUGGAUUGAAUCCGUGAAGAAUGCGGACACUUACAACCACUAUACCCAUGUCUGGAAGAAUUUAGGGGAGGGUGGAACGACCCUUAAAGUAGGCGACGGCGACUUUUAUUGUGACUGGCGUGGAACCGGUGCAGAUGAUUAUAUCUGGGUCUCUCCUACCGGUCGUGGUUUGCUUUACGGAAACAUUCAGCAACCCCCUGUGUGGGUCCCUGAAGGACCCGAAAUCUUCAACUUAGGAAGAGAGCGCAAGAGUAUUCAUCUGGCGGACUUCGAUGGCGAUGGUAAAUGUGAUAUUUGGGCAGUCGAUCGUGAGACCGGUGCAGCGGAGGUCUGGAUCAAUCAUUGGAAUGAAGAUAUCAAGAGUGGCUUCCUUACCUACAAAGGAGUUGUCAGCGGAGACGUUAAAUGUACCCAAGGGUGGGGAGUUGGACUUUAUGAUAUCGGAGUUAGGGUGGCUGACCUUGAUGGCGAUGGACGCGCAGAUUACCUUUGCAUGGAGCCAGAUGGACGAACGGUUGGCUGGCUUAAUAAGGCCGAAAACCAGUUCGAGGCCCAAGGCCAAGUCAAGCGCACGCAGGGCUACGAUCGGGCUAACCAUCAGUGGGCCGAUGUAAAUGGUGAUAGUCUUGUUGACUUCCUCUGGGUGGAUAAGUUCAACGGCAAUACGCUCGUCUGGAUUAACAAAGGCCAGAUUCCUACUGCGGGAUCUAGUUGGCAAUGGGAAUUGCUUGAUGGACCACGCUAUCAAGGAUCUGACCGAGGAGCGAAUCUGUUCUUCCCAAAUCUUGGAGGUCUAGGUCGCGCCGACAUGCACAACGUUAUUCCUCGCAGUAAUAUUGCAUAUACAUGGUUUAAUACUUGUCCUGGCAGUGAUAGUAGCGCUGUGGACGACGGGGACCCGACCAAGGAUCCUGGGCUACCUUCAUUCACGCUACCUGAUCAGCCUACAGCUACGGGAACACCUCCUAUCAGCCCGACUCCGACUGGCAAUGCGGGUGACGAGCUACCUGAUGGUUACAGUGAACAUUGGCCACUAGAUGAUAACGAUCGCAAAGAGAAAAUUUGCAGCGAUUUCAGCGGCCUCAACCAGGAUCUUUGGAAAGAAAUGGACACUGGGUCAUGGCUAACUACGACAAUUGGUUGGUAUCAAAAGCUUGCUCUUGACCCGAACAAUGACUUCCAGUGGCCUGGUGGUGACGGAGAAGUUGGUGGCGUGGCCCGUGUACUGGCAAGUUAUCAAGGACUCAAGAAGGACGGCGCUUACACAUGGGAGUGCACCAAUGCCCGUGAGACCUGUACCGUGGGCAACCUUGAUGAUAAUGACCUUUGUCGCGACAAUCGGAUGUACCGCACACAGGCUUUAUACGGUGUCCGAAAUUUGGCAAGAUACUUCGGAAUCGUGCAUAGAGUGAUGGGAGAAGUCUGGGACAGCAUGGCCUUCAAAACCGCCAGCAUGGUCACUCAAUACACACAUUCCAUUGACCCAGGAACUACUCUUGAUCCAGCCUCAGGAUUGACUGUUGGCGCCGGGGCGGCCAGCAUUAUUGCUGCAUUCAUGGUGAACCCGAUGGCGGGUAUUGCCGCAGGCGCUGCGACAAUUGGAGCUGGUGCUGUAGCCACACUCUCUUCAACAACCUCGGCGGAUCUUAAGUUUGAUACCUAUGCGGAGCUGGGCGAUAAAGCAGACAGCAUUCGGAACGCUGUCACGAACAGUUUAGACAGUUUCUUCAACACUCUUUUCCUCCAUACGCCCCCUGCUGACCCUAACUGGGUGACCAAGCCUAUUUCCAUCCCUCGAAUUUUGCAGAGCGGCAAUUUUGCCAGCGUCAGCAGUCUCUCUACCGAAAGCUCCCUGAUGCCGAAAAACGCAGACUUGAAGAAGUUUGUUGCAGCUCCUUUGAUCAACCAGCUGUGGUUGAAAGACCUCAUUAUUAUUGUCAAGAUUGACAACAAAGCGAUCUUGUAUAGAGAUGGCUCUGAAUACCAUCCUUGCGACGAGAAUGGAAGCAUACCGGAGAAUCAAGAUAGUUCGGAUUUCAAGUACUGCAACCCUGAUGGCAGCGCUUUUCUACUGCUUCUGAAGGAUGAGCUCCAGAACCACCUCCACACUCCUAAAAUUAAGGCCCCGAAAGGGAUUGAAAAGUUGGCAGCAGAGUAUGGGUUCAAUGGCCAUGACAUCGCCCGAUCUGCCUACUUGAUUCAGAAAACGACGAACAAAUGGGUAUCCGAAGUUGACGGGAACUCAUAUUUCGACUGGGUUCCGCAAACAUCCGGCGCUGAUAUUCCUGCGUGGCAGUUAAUGCGAUGGAGUUUGCCUGUGUGCGAUUUUACGGACGCUGCUGUUGAACCUACCGAAUGCAUUGAUGGCACAGACUGGUCGCAGUGUGUAUUGGAAAAAGUUCGUUCUGUUUGUGGCAGAUUGCCGGGAUGGCCGGAAGACUAUCUGUUCAUCCCAAAUAAGUAUAAAGAAGGAACUCCCUAUUCCAAGUCCUCAAGCGCUGCCGAUGUGGUCUCGGAACUGAUGCGUGAUUGA